AUGAACCUGCUCCUGGGCACUGUCCUGCUGCUCCUGGGGCUGCCCGGGGGAGAGCUGACCUUAGAUUUUGGGGUUUCCCCCCCAUUUCCCCACCAGCUCUUCUUCCAGACGCUGCCCGGGGACAGGAGAGCUGUGACAGCCGGCCUGAGGGUGCUGCUCCUGAACAUCAGCAGGGCCGUUGCCCACGAUGUCCUCAUCGCCUUUUCCCCCAUGGAGGACCCCAGGGUGCUGAAUGCGACAGAGCAAGGGAAGGCAGCCCACAUCCACCUCCCCAGGGAGACAUUCCGGUUCCUGAGCAGCCAGACAGCGCGCGUGGUGGUGACGGUCCUCAACAUCCAGCAGCUCGGCAUGUUCAAGGUACGAGCUGGCACUGCUGGCAUCCCUCCGGCCGCCAGGCACGCAGGAGGCUGGAGCAGUGGUGGAUGCUCCAUACAGCGCGGGGACGAGAGGACAGUCUGCUUCUGUGACCAUCUCACCUUCUUCUCCCUCCUCCUGGGGACAAGCCCAGGUCUGGACAGGUCCACAGCAGAAGCCUUGUUGGCUGUUGCCACCACUGGCUGCGGGGUAGCCAUGGCUUUCUCCAUCUUCACCAUCGCCUUCUGCAUCUUCUUCAGGUGGAGGUUCAGGUCCGAGGAGACCCUCCGCACCAACCUGGGGCUGCACAUGAACCUUGUGGGCAGCCUGCUCCUCCUCAACCUGGCCUUCCUGCUCAACAGCGGGCUCUUCACUGGGACGCAGCCGGGGACCUGCAAGGUGCUGGCGGGGCUCACCCACUACUGCCUGCUCUGCUGCUUCACCUGGAUGGCUCUGGAGGGCUGCCACCUCUACCUCCUCUUCGUCAAGGUCCUCGGCACCUACAUCCGCACCUACCUGGUGAAGCUGUGCCUGGUCGGCUGGGGCUUCCCCGCUCUCGUCGUAGGGGUAGCAGGAGCCAUCGACUAUGGAGAAUACGAGAUCCAGACCACGGACCACCAGGUCAUAGCCCGCCUGUGCUGGAUCAUUUCCGGGCAUCUCCUGGUCCACCACAUCACCAACUGCGGCUACUUCGGCCUCAUCUUUCUCUUCAACAUGACUGUCUUCGGGGUGGUGACCCAGAAGAGCUGCUGCCUGCAGGGCACGGGCGUGGUGCAGAGUGACCGCAGGGCCUGGAAGGUGGCCUUGGUGGCCAUGGGGCUCUUCUGCCUGCUGGGAGCCACCUGGGCCCUGGCGUUCCUCACCUACGGCACCUCCUCCGUGCCCAUGCUCUACCUUUUCACCAUCCUCAACUCCCUCCAAGGAACCUUCAUAUUCAUCUGGCUCGUCGUCCUCUACUACCCGAAGAUGAAGGACACCACUGGCUCCCUCUCCCACAUCGUCAGACAUGACAAAACCAACACGGUCUCCCAGGAGUAG